UGUAUUGCGAAUUUGCGAGGGAGCAAGUGCGUUUGAUUUAUUAUCUCGUUCUCGUCCUAAAAAGAUUUCAAAUCUCGUUAUUUGCUUAACUGAAGAAAAAAGGAAUGCCAUCUGAAUGAAUGAAGGUUCUUUGGACGUGGAGAAAACCAAGACGACGCCCAUUUUCUAGAAAAUUCCCAAAACUCUUUCUCCCCGUGAAAUCAUGGCUUCACGCAACAAGAAAAAUGGCGAUUCUAGUAUUAGUAACUUGGGAUCAAAGAACGGAGUUGAAGAAACCCUAGACCACAUCAGCCAGUUGCCGGACGCAAUCCUGGUACAAAUUCUCUCUCGUUUGCCGACGGAAGACGCCGUGGCAUCGUGUGUUCUUUCAAAGAGUAGUUCGUCAUUGAUUGCAUUGGAAUUGACCCGCUGGGUGUUCGAUAAAAGAUGGGUUAUAGUUUGGAACUCUCUAAAGAGCCUAAACCUGCACUUGAUAGGGUUAGACGAUGACAACAUUGUGAACUUACUGUCAGGUUGUCCUGCUUUGGAAACGUUGGAGUUGAGAUUAUUCAGAGGUUUUCAUCGUCUUGAAAUUACUUCUUCAAAUUUAAAGAAACUAAUAUUGGCAGGCUAUCUGAACUUGCGUGAUGACGGAAUUAUGGAGUCUUUGGAAAUUAUUGCCCCACAUCUUCAGCAUUUGGAGAUUUCAGGAGAUCUUGGACAUUUCAUGUGUAGGCGAGUAAAUGUCUCCUCUUUGGUUACUGCUAGCCUCACUUUUGAGAUUACGUGUAUCGCUAUGUUUGAAGACACUUGUGGUGAUUAUCAUCAAGUUUCCAGAAACCUUGUUAUGGACUAUCUUGAAAAAUUAAGUCAUGUGACUCAGCUAAGAAUUGGAAGUUGGUUAGCAGAGGUUGUGUUCAUGUUGCAACUUGAUGGAUUGCCACUUCCAGAAUUGAGAUGCAAAUGUCUAACGCUAGAGAUGAAUGUCUCACCUCUUUUGGAGACACUAAACAUACACUUGGGAGUUGAGUUGAUUAAUUACCACUGUGGAUUUGAGCUAAGCUAUUUUGACAAAGGAGUAAAUAUCAAUUUGCAGAAUUGGAUAUCGAACAUCGUGUUUCCCAGUCUUAAGAAUGUUAAGAUUGUUGGCUGCGGUGAGGAAUGUUCGAACAACUGAUAUAAUCUAAGCUUUUCGAACUUUCAAAAUUUCUACUAAAGAAUGCAGUACUUUUGGAGAAGUUUGUUAUCGUAGCAAAGAGAAGAAGAUGCUGCUAUUGUUCAAAGCUCUGUGUCUUCCGAUAUUUUUGUCAACUUGCUAAGAAAUUGUUAGACAGCCCAAGAUCAUCUAAGAAUUUUGUGAUUACUUACGAAGAGGCUGCUUAGCGGGACUAGACUGGAAGUGGUUUUGUAUUGGAAUACUAGAAAUGUUACCUUAUAUUGUUUCUUUUGAUUUACUGCAGAUGUAACUUUGAACUUGUGGCAUACCAAAUGUUGUGGAUGCUUGAAUUCUCACGAAGCCUUUGUUUGUUGCACUCUAAACAUUGCAUAUGUACUUGGAAUUUUCAUUCAACUUUUUUCUGGAACUGUUAAGAUCGGCAAACCUACAAGGAACAUGUUUUCUGAUAAUUAAGCUCAUGAAAUGCUGUAUUUUGCUUCCUUUGCCUAUAGCAUCAAGAUUCUAUAACAGGGAAAAGGUUCUCUUUUCGGCCUUUUUCUUGGAAAGAGGAGUUUCUACUUUUUUAUUUUUCAUUUGGAUAAUUUUGGAAAUCUCCUAGGGACAGUGGCAUACGAUGGAUAAUAGGCUCACCCCUAUACCCUUCUCUACUCAAGUACCAGACUUUUGUCUGCAGCACAGUUAAUCUAAUGAUCCAUACACCUUGCGAAACAUUGAUUGAUAUGUGCUCUGUUAUUUGCACAUUAGCUGUUCUAGCCAGAUCGUUAGAGGAGCUAUAAUUUCAUCUUCUAGUUUUUUUAUUUUCUUCCACUAUUUUUUCUGAGAUAUUCACGCUCCUGCAAAGCCAAUUGCCUGAGGAAGUGGGUACUGAUUUUACUUCUGCUGAUAAACUUAUCUAUUGGGACAAGGUCACCAAAGCGAGGUAUAUCUUAUUUAAAUCAAAGCCCAUUUUCUGUAGAAGAAUUGUUGAUUUGAAACUUCUAAAGAAAAAUGGGUGUUUUGACAGAGUGUAUGAGAGUGUCAAUUCUCAUUUUAAGAAUAUGAAUUUGGUACAAGAGAAAAGAAAAUGGAUCAAGAAAGUUGAUUCAGAAUCAGUGCCUACAGCCUAUCAUGUUCCAUCACUUGAUGAACAAUUUACUGAGAUGUUAAUCCAAGAGAACUUUAAGCCAUUUUGAUUUGUCGUAGCACUAUCUUUUUGUUGUGGACUACUUUUCCUUUGUUGUUGCUUCAUUCUCUAUACUUCACUAACUUCAUUUGAAUUAUUUCACCAGGUCAUGUUCAUUUUGCAAGUCAUCCCCAAGAAAGGGAGCUUCAAGUACCUGAGGUCGAUUAUACAAGCGAUGGAGAUAUUGACGAGGA